AUAGACCCCAUAGACUCUGCCCCUGGGCGGUCUCAAGAUAAGCCAACACGGACGCUCAGGUGGCUCCUCACGAAUGCUCGCCGAUGCACCCCGCCGUCCUCCAUGAGCGCAUAGCGGCCAGUGCCGAGGAGUCGUCCGGGAGUGGUCCUGCGGGGCGGAUGCACUGUUGGCCACAUUCAUGACUGCUCGACUCGGCGGCCAACCACCAGCCCCCGUCUCCCAGCACCCGUCCUCCUCUUCCCUCCUCUUCCCUCCUCGUCCCCGCCUUCGGCCGCCUGUCUCCUUUUCGCUGCAUCUGGAACCUUGGACUUGAUCAAUACUCCCUUGGCCAUCCCUUGGUCAUCCCUUGGUCAUCCCUCCACAUGGACACCAACUAUACCGUCGAGAACAUCAGGCUCUCUGGCGAUGCGUCGCCGGCCCCCAACUCCCUCGAUGCCUUCUUUGAUCACCUUACCACCGUCUUUGGUCCCGUCGGCACACCCCGGCUCUAUUUCCAGAACCACUGGUUCGCCGAUCCCAACCGCGAUGACAAGGGUGUCUUCGUUGCCAUUUGCAAGAGCCCCGCUGAGAUUGCUUCUUCCGUCAGGGUCUAUCGCCGAAACGUCAAUUUUCUUGAGGACUUGCAGUACAGCGUUGGCGGAAUCGGCGAUGUAGCCACCCUUCCAAGUCACACCCGCCGAGGGCUGGCCCAAAGGCUGUUGCAAGCCUCGGUCGAUUACAUGGCUGCUACGGGCAUCGACGUCUCUGUUCUGCAUACGUCGACCGCUGUCCCGCUCUAUGCCAAGCUGGGCUGGAAAGUCUGCGUGAUGUUCCUGACCACCUGCGAGAUCGGGGCCGGUCUGGGCCCGCUGGCACAGCCAGGCCUCCAGUGUCGGCAAAUUGACUUUGAGGCUGAUCUGGAAACCAUCAAGGCACUCUAUCGGAUCUCGGAGACGCAGUUGGUGGCCUCCUUCCGCCGAGACUCGGACUUUUACUGGAAGGAGUAUAUCGGCAACUACCAAGACUCUCGCCGGACCGUGAUCAGCGGCAUCGUCACAGGCCAAGACGGCGUUGCUGGCUAUGCCAUCCUCGAGGCCUCGAAUGCGGAGCUGGCCCAGUUCCGCAGCCAUCCCGAAACAGCGUCAGCCCCGACGAUCAACAUCCGGGAAGUUUUCGUCGGCAGACCCAUCAAGCAGGGCCAGGUCGAGUUGGUGCCCUUGGAUACGUUCGCCAGGUAUCUCGAAAGCUUGGUGGCUUGGGCCAUCUCGAGGCUCGGACUGACUUCCACCGACGCUGCCAAGCUCCGAUUUCCAAGCGCCCUGCUCCCGAACGAGGUUCUGGACCGCAUUUCGGCCAGCACGGGCAGCGCCUGGGCGAGCCGGACGCAUCGCCAGAACGUGCAGGACGGCGGAUGGAUGUGGAAAAUCAUUCGACCCAUCCGCCUUCCCUCGCCAACCCCGGGCGAGGAGCAGCAGGUCCUUGGACCAGGCGACGAAGACGACCUGGCCAAGUAUCUCCGACAGCCCGUUGGCAUCUAUUGUGGAUGCGCUGGCAACAUUGCGUGUCCCGGCACUGAGCGCUACGGCUUCCUGCGAUCGGACUCGUUUUGAACAACACUCGCUGCCGACGCCAGGGAGGCACGGUGACUUGAAGCUCAAGUCUUGGACGACUGCACCCCGGCUUUGAAUUGCAGUGCUCCGCAGCGAGCAAUGUGUGUAUUCAAUACCCAGGGAAUGUAGUCGGUGGUCGUCAAU